AACUUAAAAAUGUGUGAGUGCUUCUGUAGGUCUUCAGGUAUAGGAUCCUUGAGCACAGACUAUGUCAAGGUAUGGGCUGUAGGAUCUGCAAGGAUCCUGAUUGGUUAAUCCAUCUCGGUCAGUUUGCAGAUGAUGGCACUGAGGACCACGGAUGGUCAGUUGAUUUUCUCAAAGUCACAGAAUUGGGCCAGAACCCAGGUGCCCUUUCUUGCUCAUUCCUUUCACGACUUCAUGGGCCUCCACUGUGCUCUGAGAUCCCACCACCAGUUUUGAGGAAUGAGGAAGGAAGACAAAAAGGGAUCUCAAAACAGUUACUGAAUAUCAGGGACUUCCCUUGGGUAGGUUGCUCACUGCCCUAUGGGUCCAGCCUCAGUGGUCAGGCUGGGACGCCAAGUCCCAGGGUAAUUGGUUGGGGGACACAACCUUAGGAUUUGAUGGGUUUCGGGCUGGGGAUCUUCUAGGGUCUCCACCACCCACUAUCACCUGGGAGUGAACCUGAUCUUCGGGGCUCUGAGAGUCCGACCUGGGCGGGGUGGGGGUGACUUUGGCUGACCAAACAGAGACAGGCAGACCCAAACAGGCUGUGGCCAAAAACAUCCCAUGUUUCGGUCGUGGCCCUGAAACAUGAACUAGGACAUGGUUCCAGCCUAGAGGGUAAAGGAGGCACAGGACUAACAGGCAAGGACACAGGCUGCUGUCAGGACACACAUCCAAGGCGAGAACACUGCUGACGUGGCAGCCCUCCGCCCCAGCCCCUUACUGCCCCCCGCCCCUCUCCCCCGCCUGCCAGCUGCCAACAGGGCUCUGCCCUGUGUCUGCCACACCUGUCACUGUCUGUCCUUGUCCAGGGGGAACCCCAUCAGCCCCUCCUCAGCUGCCCAGCAGAGCAAGCAGUUAGUGGGGAGGGGAGGGAACAUGGAGCGGGGGCCGGCGGUGGGGGCAGGGCGGGGGGCCGGGGCCCAGAUCUGGGUACUGCUGGGCUGCUUGGUCAGGGUGCUGCUCUGGGUGGCCUCUGCUUUGCUGUAUUUUGGAAGCGAACAGGCUGCCCGCCUCCUGGGCAGCCCCUGCUUACGGCGCCUCUACCAUGCCUGGUUGGCAGCAGUGGUCAUCUUCGGGCCCCUUCUGCAGUUCCAUGUCAACCCUCGGACCAUCUUUGCCAGCCAUGGCAACUUCUUCAACAUAAAGUUUGUGAAUUCGGCGUGGGGCUGGACGUGCACCUUCCUGGGGGGCUUCGUGUUGCUGGUGGUGUUCCUGGCUACACGGCGCGUGGCAGUGACUGCCCGGCACCUGAGCCGCUUGGUGGUUGGGGCAGCCGUGUGGCGGGGUGCCGGCCGGGCCUUCCUGCUCAUCGAGGACCUGACAGGCUCCUGCUUCGAGCCUCUGCCCCAGGGCCUGCUGCUCCGCGAGCUGCCGGACCGCCGCAGCUGCCUGGCGGCCGGCCACCAGUGGCGGGGCUACACCGUCUCCUCCCACACCUUCCUGCUCACCUUCUGCUGCCUGCUCAUGGCCGAGGAAGCAGCAGUGUUCGCCAAGUACCUGGCCCACGGGCUGCCCGCUGGCGCACCCCUGCGCCUUGUCUUCCUACUCAACGUGCUGCUGCUGGGCCUCUGGAACUUCUUGCUGCUCUGCACCGUCAUCUAUUUCCACCAAUAUACUCACAAGGUGGUGGGCGCCGCGGUGGGCACCUUUGCCUGGUACCUCACCUACGGCAGCUGGUAUCAUCAGCCCUGGUCUCCGGGGAUCCCGGGCCAUGGGCUCUUCCCUCACCCCCACUCCAGCCACAAGCAUAACUGAAAGAAAUAAAGGCACUUCAGGCCUGG